CUGACAUAAGAAAUGGAAACUCUAUACACUGGACACAUUCACGGAUUUCCACCAUCAGCAAAUAUAUCAUAUGGAUCGUUAAACACUGCAUGGGGUUCACAGGGAGGUCUUAUUGCUCUGGGAGUAGUGCUAGGCAGCUCUGUAAGCUUAGUCGGGUUAGCAUUUGCAUUCAUUACAUACAGCUUAUUUUCAGAUUUGAAAUCAUUGGCAGGAACAACACUUUUAAGUCUUCUAGCCUCACUGUUCAUGAGCCAAUUGAUCUUUGUUAUUGGUGUAGGAGGUGUGCAGGAUUCUGAGCUUUGUUUAUCACUAUCAUUGGCCCUAUUGUUCAUGAAGCUGGCAUCACUCUGUUGGCUGUGUUGCUGUUGCCAUCAUGCGCUUGUAUUAUUUCGUUCAAGUACGAAUCUUUCUUCGUAUCGCGAAUCAACCAUGGGCAAAACAUUGGUUAGCUAUAGCAUUAUUUCUUGGGGAUAUCCACUAACCAUGCUCAGUGUUGCUGCUGCCUUUAAGUAUAAGGAACGAGAGUUAAAAAUUCACGGUUACACACAUGUACAAGAUAUUACAAAAAUAGUACAAGAAUUGAAUGGUGAUAACCAUUGCUGGCUAAUGGAAGGAUCGGCAUAUGUUUGGGGUUUUUUGGUGCCAGCGAUUGUACUACUCUUUUCUGGAUUUUAUCUUGCUUGCCAGGGCGAAGAAGUUGUCAGAAUUGCGGCAGCACUGCAAGUUGAUUCUCGUGCGAAAAAUAAAUUAGUCAAAAAACGUGGUUUACAAAUAGGAUUAUUUUUCAAGAUUUUGGUCGUUUUGUCAUCUGUGGUAGCUCUUGGUGCUAUUGCAUCAAUAUGGAAUGUAAUGGAACUGUGGUCAGUGUACAGCAUUGCUCAGGGAAUACAGGGUCUCGUUGUAGCAUUACUAGUAUCUUGCAACUGUAAAGUUUUGAAGCUCUAUUCAGCACCUAAAACUAAAAAAUCGCGUCGUGGACUUUACCGCAAUCUUAAGGACGGUGAUGGUGGUAGGUAUGGAAUCCUUUCCAUAUCCAACCCUAAUUACGAGGACAUAGUACACAUCAGUAGCCUACCCCAGGAAAGUUCACCAAGCCUUACCAAAAUGUCCUAUAAGGAGGGUUACUUUGUAGAUCGCAUGGAUACCUCUGCUACACCAGCUGCAUUAGAUCACGCUUUUAAUGGUCAACUAUCUACUGCACUAUCAAUUGAUGAGGUAUCGAAAACUCCGCUACCUAUUUCAGUGUAG